AUGAAUCAACACCAAACACAUGGCAUCAGGUCUCAACAGAGCAGGAAAGAACUAUGCAAUGAAGACAUAGCAGUCGCGUAUGUCGAUCUCAAAGGGAGAGGAGCACUCAAGGUAAUAGUCUGCUCCGCCUACCUUCCCGGAGAGAAGCAAGAUCCCACAGAAGAACUGACUAAAGUGCUCGAGUACGCUCAGGCACAAAAGGCGGAACUCAUUGUGGGAUGUGAUGCCAACGCCCACCACACCAUCUGGGGGAGCACAGGAAUCAACAAAAGAGGUGAGUUACUAUCCCAAUUUAUUUUUACUAAUUGUCUGCACUUGUUAAAUAAUGGCAACACGCCAACCUUUGUAACUAGGGCCAGACAAGAAGUAUUAGAUAUUACCUUCGCUACUGAAAAGGCAGCAAACUGCCUAGCCAAUUGGCGCGUCAGCAGCGAAAACUCAAUGUCGGAUCACAGACAUAUUUUGUUCAGCGUUAAAGGAUCAAUAGACACGGUACCACUUAUGCGAAGAAAUCCAAAAGACACUUCAUGGGAAGCCUACAAGGCAGACCUUGAAACAAGUCUAAAGGAUGUCCCAAAAUAUGUCAAAACACCAGACUCUCUCAACAUGGCGGUCAACCAAAUCUCCAAAGGCAUGAUUAGGGCCUACGAACUAAACUGCCCGGUGAAGGAGUCAACCUGCAACAGGAAAACGACGUGGUGGAACAAAAACUAG